AUGGAGGUGUUUUGUCGGAAUGUGCCUGGCCAGCUCAAACAUCAUCAUCUGAAAAAGGAGCUCACACCAAUCUUAGCAGAGCUCGACAUCAUUGCCUUUGACUGCCGAGUCCUCCCCAGGGGCCACGCAAUAAUCACGAUUGCAGAUACUGUAAAGGCCAACCGAUUGCUCAGCAAAUAUCCACGCGUCCUCAAAGGGCAGAGGCUUCCAGAGCAUCGCCUGCUCAAAAUCCGCGGCACAACUAUCUACAUCGAAGAAGGAAGAAACAAGCCAGACCAGUUUCUUCUCCUAUCACUUCUAGAGGAAGAAACACAGCGCCGCAGUCGACCACGCCGCCCUCCGUCCGUCACUAGCGACGCUGACUCGCAGAGACCGAAGAAAUUCCACAUUAGCUCCUUGUCUUGCGGUACCUUUGACUUUAGUGAAACCAAACCUGUCUUCAUUGAGCAAUAUGGAAUGCAUAUGCCAGGAACCAUUCACUUCGGGCCAACGAAGCUGACAAUCACUAUGGCGAGCCCCGAGAAUGGCGAAAAGAAUCUCAAGCUGGAAUUUGAAUAUUGGUCUAUCUUUCAUUCAAUCUACGUGAGCGAUUAUGGGCACACAACAGUGACCUUUAGCUGCAACUAUGCCCCUCGUUUGUACGAAGCACCCAUCAAAAAUCCACUUCGAGUGACCUUGGCCACUUUGCUACGCGGUCGUCCUGCUGCUGUACGCGAAGAGAAAAAGAAAAGGCUGGGCUUUCUCGAAAACUCUCACAAAUAUGUAGUCGCUACAUGCUUUGUGUAUCGUGUGAUGCUCACAAACCCACAUGAUGGUGCCAGCAUUUGGCGUCUGGCCCGCAACCCCAAUAGGCCACAGCUGGUGAGGUGGAAUGAGACCCCUGUGCGACCGUAUGUGUCUUAUCAGGAUCAGCUACCCCGGUUUAUUAUCACUUUGCGCGAUGUUCCCAUCUCGUUUGUCGUCAAGUUUCAACUUCAAAUGCUGGUAUGGAACGGCGAACUACCGAUGCGAAAGGUGCUCCAGCUCAUCCCAUAUAUAAAUGAGCUUUUGUUGAGAAAGAAGCCACUAGUGGUAGCCAAAAUCCUCAAAGCUCUUCCAAGAAGACUUGUUCAUCCGGACCCUAACGCGGACAGUGCUAAUGUAAGCGUCGAAAACAUCAUUGAGACCCUCAAAGAGAUCGAGGAAUUUCAAACCCUCGAGUACAUACAACCAGGACAGCCGGGAUAUUUGUAUCAUAACCAAAUCGAGAUUCACAGGGCCAGCGUCACUCCCACGGGGAUAUACCUGGAUGGGCCCAACUGCGAAGCCCAAAAUCGCGUGCUCAGAAAAUACCGACAUCACAGCGAUUACUUUCUGCGGGUUAGAUUCAUUGAAGAAUCGGGAGAUCCUAUGGUGUAUGACAUCAGCUCGAACUUGGAUGUCAUCUUCAAUGGUCGUUUCCGCGAGGUGUUGAGAGAUGGAAUCGUCAUUGCGGACCGCCACUAUCGAUUUCUGGGAUUCUCUCACUCCUCCUUGAGAUCACGCACUUGUUGGUUCAUGGCAGAAUUUAAUGAUGUGUCUGGCGAGCCCUUGAAUGUCGAGAAACUGAUUUCAAAAUUGGGCGAUUUUAGUCAUAUCAGAUCUCCCGCAAAGUUUGCGGCACGGCUGGGUCAGACCUUCUCCGAUACUUUGACUUCUAUAUCAGUUGACAGGCAGAUGGUGACGAACAUAAAGGACGUGGAACGCAAUGGAAGGGUCUUCAGUGAUGGCUGCGGCACGAUAUCGAAAGAGAUCCUGUGGAGGAUAUAUCGUGAUUAUCCUCGUAAUGCUGCCGUUCGUCCUACGGUGUUUCAAGUGCGGAUUUCUGGUGCCAAAGGAAUGCUCUCCUUAGACACGACCCUAAAAGGUCCGGUGAUAUGCCUGCGGGAUUCAAUGAUUAAAUUCCAGGCAGAAGCAGAUAGCAACAUUGAAAUUUGUUCCUCGGGCAUCAACAAACUACCCUGUUAUCUGAAUGCACCACUGAUCAAAAUCCUCGAGGAUCUUGGAGUGGCUCGUGAUCUUUUUCUAGAAUUGCAGCGAAAAGAGGUGGAGGUUCUUCGACAGACUGUUCGCUCUCCACAGCAGGCAGCCAUCUUUCUAGACCAGUCUCACACUGCCAAGUCGACUCGCUUGUCAUGGUUGAUUGCAACGUUAAAAUCGUUGGGACUGCAUUAUGUACAUGACAGCUUUCUCAAGAGAGCAGUCGAGCUUGCGAUUCUCAUAAAGCUGAGGGAUCUCAAAUAUAAAGCGAGGAUCCUCGUCCCCAAGGGUGUCACCUUGUACGGUAUUAUGGAUGAGACGGGUAUCUUAAAGGAAGGCGAGAUAUUUGUCCCUGUACUCAACGAGGCAAACCAUCGAGAGAUACUUGUCCAUGAGAGAGUAAUCGUCACUCGAUCCCCGGCAUUUCACCCCGGUGACGUCCAGCUCGCCAACGCCGUGGACGUGCCUGAGGAUUCUCCAUUACGGAAACUGCACAACUGUGUUGUUUUCAGUCAACAUGGUGCCAGAGAUCUACCCAGUCAGCUCAGCGGUGGUGACUUGGAUGGUGAUUUGUUCAACAUUAUUUAUGACGAUCGAUUCCAGCUUCACCACAUAGCGAGACCAGCCGAUUACCCCCGAGUCGCUGGCACUGUCCUAGAUACGCCAGUCACAAUCGAAAAUAUCAAGGAUUUCUUCAUCAAUUUUAUGCGCCAGGACCAGCUUGGUCGUAUAGCUACCACUCACAAAAUCCUUGCUGAUCGGGAGAAAGCCGGCACGUUCGAUCUGAAAUGCUUGAAACUUGCGGAGCUGCAUUCGACAGCUGUCGAUUUCUCGAAGACAGGGACACCUGUCGACGUAACACAAAUACCAAAAUAUCUCCCCUCCCGACCAGAUUUCAUGGCUCCGGGACCCCGCGUACGAGUCGCAGAGAGCAUCGAGGUAAUCGACAAUGGAAACGAAUACCUCUGGAACGACGAUAACAACGGUGGUGUUGGCCUAGACGACGAUGACGAUGACAUUCGGCCGCCCAUACGCUAUUACAAAAGCCAGCGCGUCUUGGGGUAUCUUUACCGCAUGAUUGACGAGCAGGAAUUCAUGAAUGAUUUGAAAUGGGAGUCGUUCCACAAGUCUGAGUCUGUUGAUGUCCUGCAGUCUCUGUGGGCAUAUGUGCAGAGAGAGACGGCUGGGUUUGUUUGGGAUCAUUGCGUCAAGGAUGCUAAAUACUUCAGGGAUAUCUACGAAGAAUCUCUUCAGGAUCUGAUGUACCAGUACUCUGAUUCGCCGUGGAAGACUUCCUUGACCGAGGUGGAAGUGUUCGUCGGCACCAUCAUGGGCCAAAACCACAAACAAACAGCAUACCAGAAAGAAUCUUCUCGAGCAAUGCGAGACGCAUACGACGACCUGGUCAAAUGGACUAUAUCUUUAAUCACCGGCCAAGGAACGGAUAACGAAGUUGAGUCCCUCGAACGGUCCGUGGCUUGUUUCUGGGUAUCCCUGGACGGAAGCGCAUCGUCAGUGCUUCCAGGGUACAAACAGCUUCGUAGUUUUCCGUGGAUUGCCGCGAUUACUUGUUUGCAAGAGGUUGAGAAGUUUCAGAGAAGGAUGCCUUUCUAG